GAACAGAGAAAGCAGCCGGCGGAGUUGCGGGCAGAGAGCAUCGGGCAGGAAUUCCCUGGUCGCAAGUGGCAAGUGAGCCCCGGUCGGGCACGGCUGGUGCCCGGGAUGGCCGAGGUGGAGGCCCAGGGCAGCCUGUGGCUGGAGAGUCCCCCUGGGGGCGCGCCCCCCAUCUUCCUGCCCUCGGACGGGCAAGUCCUUGUCCUGGGCCGGGGACCCUUGACCCAGGUUACGGACCGGAAGUGCUCCAGAAACCAAGUGGAGCUGGUCGCAGACCCCGGGACCAAGACCGUGGCAGUGAAACAGCUGGGAAUUAACCCCUCAACUGCUGGGACGCAGGAGCUAACUCCUGGGUCAGAAGGUUCUCUGAGUGUGGGGGACACACUGUAUUUGGUCAACGGCCUCCACCCACUAACGCUGCGCUGGGAAGAGGUCUGCACGCCUGAAUCCCAGCAAGACACUCCGCCCGGCACCCCUCCGGUGGCUCCAGACGUGGCAGAGGAUGUUGAGACGCAGAAAAAGCGGAUGCGGAAGUCCUCCCCCGGCUGGGAGAAGUUCGAGAAGCUGCUAGUGUUUACUGCACCUGGGGUGAAGCCCUGCAGCAAGGUGGCCGGCUUUGAUCUGGAUGGGACCCUCAUCACCACACGCUCUGGGAAGGUCUUUCCCACUGGCCCCAGCGACUGGAGGAUCUUGUACCUCGAGAUUCCGCAUAAGCUCCGGGAGCUGGAUGCUGAGGGCUACAAGCUGGUGAUCUUCACCAACCAGAUGGCCAUUGGGCGUGGGAAGCUGCCGGCAGAGGAGUUCAAGGCCAAGGUGGAGGCUGUGGUGGAGAAGCUGGGGCUCCCCUUUCAGGUGCUGGUGGCCACACACGCCGGCUUGUACCGGAAGCCGGUGAUCGGCAUGUGGGACCAUCUGCAGGAGCAGGCCAACGAGGGUGUGCCCAUCUCCAUCGGGGACAGUGUCUUCGUGGGAGAUGCAGCUGGACGCCCAGCCAACUGGGCCCCUGGGCGGAGGAAGAAAGACUUCUCUUGUGCAGACCGUCUGUUUGCGCUCAACCUCGGCCUGUCCUUCGCCACACCAGAGGAGUUCUUUCUGAAGUGGCCCGUCGCCAGCUUCGUGCUCCCCACCUUUGAUCCGAGAACCGUCUCCCCCUCGGGGCCGCUCUACCUCCCUGAGUCCAGCUCCCUCUUGAGCUCCGACCCUGAAGUGGUGGUCGCCGUGGGAUUUCCUGGGGCUGGCAAGUCCACCUUCCUCCAGGAGCACCUCGUGUCGGCAGGCUACGUCCACGUGAACAGGGACACGCUGGGCUCGUGGCAGCGCUGUGUGACCAUGUGCGAGAAGGCUCUAAAGCAAAGGAAACGGGUCGUGAUCGACAACACCAACCCAGACCCUCCGAGCCGGGCCAGGUACAUUAAGUGUGCCCGGGACGCGGGGGUCCCCUGCCGCUGCUUCCUCUUCACGGCCACCCUGGAGCAGGCCCGGCACAACAACCGGUUCCGGGAGAUGACGGGCUCCCCUCACGCCCCUGUGUCCGACAUGGUCAUGUAUGGCUACAGGUGA